AUGGCGAAGACCUACGACUACCUGUUCAAGCUGCUGCUCAUCGGCGACUCGGGCGUGGGCAAGACGUGCGCGCUCUUCCGCUUCUCCGAGGACGCCUUCAACGCCACCUUCAUCUCCACCAUCGGCAUCGACUUCAAAAUCAGGACCAUCGAGCUGGAUGGCAAGAGGAUUAAGCUGCAGAUCUGGGACACGGCGGGGCAGGAGCGGUUCCGGACCAUCACCACGGCCUACUACCGCGGAGCCAUGGGCAUUAUGCUUGUCUACGACAUCACCAAUGAAAAAUCUUUUGAAAAUAUUCGGAACUGGGUCAGGAAUAUUGAAGAGCACGCGUCCCCAGAUGUUGAAAAAAUGAUUCUUGGGAAUAAAUGUGAUGCGAAUGACAAAAGGCAAGUGUCGAGGGAGCAAGGGGAGAAGCUUGCUGCAAGUUUUGGAAUUAAGUUUAUGGAGACGAGUGCAAAAGCAAAUAUAAACAUAGAGAAUGCAUUUUUCACUCUUGCAAGAGAUAUCAAAGCAAAAAUGGACAAGAAAUUGGAAGGCAAUAGCCCGCAAGGCAGCAACCAGGGAGUCAAAAUCACACCAGACCAGCAAAGGAAAAGCAGCUUUUUCCGAUGUGUUCUUCUGUGAGGGACACGGCCUUAAUCUGAGCAUCUGCUCAACUGAACUGGACUGUGCCUGUUCUGAGUGAGAUUUCCUCUGUCUGUGGACUUUUCAGCAUACCUUGUCACUCUGUGACUAUCUGAAUAAGAAAUCGUUUAUUUUAGUAAUUGUCUGACUCUUCAAUUUUGGAGACGAAACAAGUUUAUUUUUGUCAGGUUGCCACUGGGCACGUGUAUCGUCUAGCAGAGGGAAUACAGAUCCUGGGUGGCCUGUAAUAGCGCCUUUGCUGACAGGCUUCAAUCUUUUGUUCGUAUCUGUAACGUAUCCCGAUUAGAGAGAAAAAACAAUUAAGUUAUGAUCAAAAUAAGAAACUGAAAUGCCAAUGUUAAUAAAGUAGUGGUACGUGUACGUGCUACAUGUGCAUACCCACGUCGACGGAUGCAUAGAGAAGAAUCGCAUCAAAACAGCAGCACUUGGGCCAGCAGUCCAGGCCUGUACUUUCCUGAAGGCAGGAGGAAGCUUUCUGCAUCUGUGUCCACUUUGUUUUGCUAUUGCAGAGAAAAUCCUUUCUCUGUUACCUUCUCAGUUGCGUUAUUCUAGACAAUCCGCAAGUACAAUUGGAGUAAAAAAGAAAAAAUCCUCCUCGAAGGAACUUCUAUUUUUUUAAAAAGCCAAAGUGUGCUCUAUAAUCUYACAGAUCUGUAUAAUGGGGAAUUACUGUCUUCAUAUUAGAGAUGACCGUGCUUAAUUAAGUCAUCCACACAUUUAGACAUGUUUAACAGGAGAUAAUCUGCUCCCAGGAGAUACCUACACUCUGCUCCCGUGCCAGUGGUUGAGGCUGUGGUUGGAUAUGGAGCUUUCCUCAAAUUGGCACCAUCAGGCGCCAGCUCUUCCUUCUCCAGUUGACAAUGUCACGAGGUCGUGACUGGUUCUAACUUGUGAGGAGAAAAUGUAUUGCACUGCUUCCAGUUGUGUGUGCCCACGCACACUUGCUCACAUAUGCAAAAUAAAUGUUGCACAUACGAACACUUUCUGAAAACAACCUUUUUGGAGUGGCGAUUUGCCUUGCUGCCCUCCGUGAUCGUUUGGAUUUCAGGCAGCAACGAACCUCUUGGUGUGCAUCACUGCAAAUGAUGUUUAGUCCUCAGUGAAAAUACUCUGUAUUUAUUCUUCUAAACACAGUCUACUACAUUCCAAUGUAUAAAAUAAAAAAGCCUAGUGAGGCUCCUGGGUAGCUGGUUGCUCUCAGUUCAGCGGCUGUAAGCCUAACACUAAUUAGACUGAUAGAAGGAGCCAGUAAGAGCCAUCUGCUAAGAAGUGUGGUGUCAAGUAAUUGAAGUAAUGGUGUAUUUAAUCCAAACG